GGAAUAACCUCCCUUUGAGUGACUCAACAUUCCCAGUCAUUCUCCACAGCCCGUGUCAACCGCAGUUGCAGCUGGUACUGCUUUCCGAAAUGGACACAACAGAAUACGGACGCAUGGUGGACGGGUACACUGCCUCUGGAGCCGUGGCCAGCGCCAUCGCCCUGGCAAAAGACUUGGGAAUCCUUGAUAUUCUGUACGAGAGCGAGGAACCACUCUCGUCACAGAACAUCGCUGAUAAGGGAGGGCUAAAGGAGAGAUACGUGCGAGAGCUGGUCAGCGCGCUGGUGACAGGAGGCGUGAUCCAAGUCGACUCCACAUCUACUCUGUUCCACAUCAAUGCCGAGUUCAAACCAGUCCUGAGAGAGAAGUCCAUUUUCACACGAAUGGUACCUUACUUUGGAGAGAAGUAUGACGCUAUCAUGAACUGUUGCACAAAGGAUGGACCCGCAGGCGUGCGCUACUCGGAACACCCGGUGUUGUUUGACAUGAUGGAUGAGAUGCGAGCAGAGACGCAGGAUCGACUUCUCGACAGGGACGUACUUCCGGUGGUGCCAGCACUCCCAGAGAGACUGAAAUCUGGAAUUGAUGUGGCUGAAAUAGGAUGCGCCAAUGGAACCCUUAUUCUCAAUCUGUGCGCUCGCUUUCCGGCCUCACGGUUCACCGGAAGUGAUGUAGUAGAGCCUGUGCUGGACAUUGCCCGCAACCGAGCAUCUGACCGGGGUAUUUCAAACAGCGAGUUUAUGACUAUCAAUGUCUGCCACAUUCCGGAGAGCCCAAAGAAACAUUAUGACUGGAUCUUUUUACGAGAUGUAGUUCACGACCUACCAAACCCGGAAGGGUGCCUUUCAGGAAUAUACAGGAUGCUGAGACCAGGUGGGUACUUCAGCAUGUUGGACUUCGGUCUUCAAGGAAGUCUCCGCGACAACGUGGGCAAAGUAGGCAUCAGCUACAUGUACGCAAGCUCGACCUUCAUAUGUAUCCCCGAGAGCUACCAGGAACAGAAGUCUGCUGCACUAGGGCCGUGCUUUGGUGUACAAAAGGCUCGAGAGCUUCUACUCCAGGCUGGGUUUAUCUUGGUUCAGGAACACCACAGUGCAUGGAAUGAGGGAGAGGUACACUUCGUCUGUCAGCGGCCGGAGUAGUGUCAGACCAUCACGGCAUGGUGUGACAUGAUGACACCUCAGCCUCCGCAUAUUGUAUGGGCAGCUGUAUCAUGUACAUCCUUUUGUAAUCAUCACGUUCCAAGGAUGAUUCUGACAGACUCAAAUAUUUAGGGUGUGUGUACACCGAUGAUAUUAAUAGAUAUUGAUGUAACUAUUAAAUAAUGUACUUAUGUGUAAGUUAUCUGAAAAUAAAUCAGCUGUCGUGAACGACCAUGCCCUUCCCCCUC